AGCCCCCCAUCGCCGGGUUUUCGCUCUGCCUCCUCCUCUCUCUUUUUUUUUUCUUUCUUUUUUUUUCCCUACAGCCCCCUCCUGGUUUUUCCACCCACGGGUAAAGGUGGCUUUUCUUUUCUUUUCCUUCGUUUUUGUUGUUGGUUUUGGGCUUUUUUUCCCUCCCUUAACCCUCAUCCUAGUUUAGUCCGUGGGCAGGACUCGCAUAAUAAUAUUUCCAGUCCCAGGAGCUCGCAUCACAGACACGAACCCAGGACCGCCCCCCCCUUUUUUUCCCUCCCAAUCUCCCAAAUCGUUUUAUUAUUAUUUUUAAAUGAUCGCUCCUUUUGCGCGCUGCUCCCGCUGCUGCCGAAAUCCCCGUCUUCCCAGGGUGCAUGCUUCUGGCAAGAUUGUGCAGUGUUCUCAGUCCAUUUUCAGUGUGUCUUAUCUUAAUUUGUCCUGAUCCGAUCUAAGCGCGAUAGCCACCACUUGCUUUCAAUUUGUAGGACUUUUUUUCCUCUUCUUGGUUUGCUCCCGACUACCCUCGGACUAUUUCCCUCUCUCCUUGCAUUUCCAGGGCUGCAAUUUACUCUGCCUUUUUUUUUUUUUUUUAACCUCUCCUCUUUUGAAUUGCUUCAUGUUACUAACCAUUCCUAAAUUCACCAGGACGUCCGGUGUGGUGGUGGCAGCGAGCAGCAAAAGCAGCAAGAGCUCGUUUUGAUUCCCCCCCUUCAAGGUGCUUUGGAGAGACUGGUUUCAGGCUGAGCAGCAGAAGUCACGAUGAGUGCACAAGGUGAGGGACCCGGUCAGCCUUCCACUGCUGCCCAGGAGCAACCUGCAACCGCAGAGCCUCAGAAGAGAGGACGAGGCAGACCCAGGAAACAACCACAAGAACCAACUGGUGAACCAUCUCCUAAAAGACCAAGAGGAAGACCCAAAGGAAGCAAAAACAAGAGUCCCUCUAAAGCAGCUCAGAAGAAAGCAGAAGCCACUGGUGAAAAGCGACCUAGAGGCCGGCCCAGAAAAUGGCCUCAACAAGUGGUUCAAAAGAAGCCUGCUCAGGAAGAGACUGAAGAAACAUCCUCACAAGAAUCUGCAGAAGAAGACUAGGAGAUCACACCAUGCAAUUUCUACCUCAUCAGCAGUUGGGUCUUUUGAAGGGAGAAGACACUGCCUUGACCACUUACUUUCUAUUGCCAUGGUCUUUCCACUUUUGCCUGGGGAAAAAAAAAAAUCACAUAACCUUAAAAAGGAUUUGACUAAUCAUCUUCUUUGUAAUCCCUUCACAGUCCCAGGUCUAGUGAAAAACUGCUGUAACACAAAGGGGACACAGAUUAACGAUGCAACUUUUAAUUACUGUUUUCUUUUUUCCUAACCUACUAAUAGUUUGUUUGAGCUGCUAAGUAAGGGUGACUGGGUCAAGAAGAGCUCCAAAUCAGGUUUAUGUCAUUCACUGCACUGCGUAUAAACAAGAAACUUGUAAGAUAGUCAUUAUAAUGGGCAUUGAAAUAGGAAAGGCUGGGUGUGUAACACUUACGCCUUGCAACACUUCCAGCAACCCACUCCCUACUUAGUGAACUCCCUGUUUUAGAACACCAAAGAUAGGGGAUAGAUACUAUUCUUUUUCUUUUGUAACCUUCUUGUAGACUUGUACUUGAUUUUUUUUUUUUUUAAGACUUACUAUUAUUUUGGGGGGAAAAAUGAAAGCUGAUCUUUCAUUUCAUUCAGCUGGUAAUCAGAAGAAAGAAAUCAGUAUGGAAAGGUACUUUCAUUUUGCAAAAGGGAAGAAAGACAAAGAUACGUUGUAUAGUUAUAGAUACAAACAUAUCAGCACAAGCAGUAGGAAACCAAAUGAACAGUCCUUACCAUCUGGUUAAUAGGAAGCCAAGGAGUUGGCUUUCUUAGAGCCAGGAGUUUUCUAUGGAAACAAAAAUGACUGACACCACUGUUAUGCCAUUAAUGAGUAAGUCUUUAUUGAUAAAAGUCUUUUAAAACAUACAGAAAGGUACCUAGAAAUUAAUCAUACAUUUAUCUGAACAAAAAUAAUCCAGAUUUUUGCUUAGUUUCUACUAAUUCCACUUGCCCUGUACCAGUAUUUUGAAAGAAUUGAAUCUUUCCUCAUUACUCAUCAGUCACAAUGUAAAAUGAACACCAUGUACCUCAGCUAAGCUCGUGCGUUACGUUAAGCAAUGUAUUCUGACAUAGGAUGGUUCACUGAGCACCUCUGUGCCAGUGGCAUUUCUCCAUCUUUUCAUUCAAAGCAGCACUUUUAGCACCAGAUGCAAUAUUACCCCACUAUUCAAUACUACCUCUGAUUUUUGCAAGUAACUCAACAGACUGAUAAAUACAUGCUGCUAUACACAUUCAAUGCAGAAAAUUUUUACUGGGUAGAUAAUCAUGAGUAUCUGCAUUUUCCCCUUAUUUCUAUUUCAACCUUUUUUGCAGUUAAGGAAGCAAUGUCUUUUUUGUGUUUCAGCAUGACUAUGUGUUUUUCUUUCACUUGGUUUGUUUGAUUUUUUUUCUUUUUUUUGUGUGUGGGUUUUUGGUUUAUGGUUUUGUUUCGUUUUAUUUUAUGUACUUACUCUAUUCUCUGCUAGACUUCCGUGUAAUGUACUGUUAACUUGAAUAUAUUUUUGUAUUGAAUUGCUGAUAGGUUUGUGAGGAUAAUUUUCUGCAAGAACACUACAUGACAGAAAAAAAUUUAGCUGUAAAGUUUAAAUAUUACUGUCCAAGUUCGUACCUCAAAUGAAUUGUUUAAAGAAAUGGACUAAUUGAUUGACAAAGACCUACCUCCAGACUUUAAAUGGAAUGAACUUGUUACUUUCAGUUUUAAGAGUUUGAAACAGUUUUAAGACGUUUGAAACAGUUAGGACUGCAACUAAUCCCUAAUUCAAAAUUAUUUUUGUAAAAUAACUUGUGGAAAGUGAACACAUUUAAAAUUACUUUCGUAUUAAAAAUAAAAAAAUGAACAAAAAAACCUUCAAAGAAACUUGAAGCUUUGUAGGUGGGAAGCAACAAGCUCAGCUUUUGCAUAAUGCAAUCACAAAUAUGUGUUUUUUAAAAAAAUUAGUAGAUUGUAAGAAAAUACUUGACAAGUAUUUUCGUGUAUUUUACACAAAUGUGAUUUUGUAAUAUGUUUCAGCCAGAUUUAUUUUAAAUGCUUCUUAUGUAGAGGAUUUUUAUUCUCCCAUCUCUCACUUUUGUUGUUCUUUCUCUCUCUCUCUCCCCCACCUCCAAUUUCAUUUUCUCUCUUUCUGUUUUAUUUCCCUUCUUCCUCUCUUUCCUAGUCAGUACUUUGUACCAUUGUGUUAAUAACUGGGCCAGGGGUAGUUUCUCAGGAAGGCGUCUGUUGGUGUGGCUUUAGCAGGAGCCAAGUGUAGUUAAGGAUAACGACUCUAGCAUGGAGCCAAGUGCAGGAUAACGUUAAGGAUAACAACAUACUGGCUUCUUCCAAGAGGCAGUGUCCAGAAGUACGGACCUCCGCGAAAGGCUGUGCAGGGUUCAGUGGUGGGAAUUGCUGGGAAAGAGCUGAUUGGAAUAUUACGACUAGACAUGAAAAUAUCAGGUGAAAGAGAAAUAAUCCUAGCUAUAAGUAGCUCUAACAGGCCAAAUCCAGUGUCACUUGAAGGCAGUAAUGGGAAUUUUGCUGACUUCAAAGGGCAUCAAAUCAAGCCUUAGCAAGUCCCUUUUGGGGUCUGAGGGGUUUUGUUGCAUUUUUUAAAGCCACGGUAUUCAGUGGAUGACACAGAAAUAAUUGCUCUGUGUGUCACUCUUCAACCUCUGAGAGACUUACCACUCUGAUGAACUGAAUCUUACAUUUUCUAUAUAUUGUAGUACAAUCAAAACACAUUACUACCUCUUAGGGCCUACUAUACCUCAUUUUUUCAGACGGAAAAAUUGCAUGUGGCCAUUGAGUCAGUGAGAACAUCAUAAAAUUUUUUUAUAUAUAUAGUUUAUUUUUGUGGGAGAUAAAUUUUAUACGACUGUUCUUUGCUGUCAUUGGUCACUGCUAACUAUGACUGGACAUGUAACUCUUCUACCAUUUCUGCAAGAGAGGUGUGUUUGCAGGAAAAAAAAAUUGCUUCAAGAUGUUGAACUACAGUUUACUUUUCCUUUUGAGUGUCUUCUAACUUUUUGCUUUGUUCUUCAUGUAGAGUUGCUGUCUAUGAUUGUACUUCAAAUUGCUUGCUUGUUGAAAAUGUUCCUUUAAUGGUUUAUCACAGUCUGUUCAGCACAAUAAACAUAAUAGCCUCUGUGAUCCCCAUGUUGCUUGAUUCCUAGACUUUGUCACAGUUCCAUAAAAUGGGUAAUAAAGUUUGGUCACGAUGACCAAAUUUGUAAAA